AUGGUGGCCGCUAGGAAGACAAAAAAGUCACUGGAGUUGAUCAACUCUAGGCAGCCACUCAUUACAAAAAGUGGAAAGCACAUGCUGGGAUUCAAGCAGACUCUGAAAAUGAUUAGACAUGGCAAAGUGAAACUGGUCAUCCUUGCCAACUACUGCCCAUCCUUGAGGAAAUUUGAAAUAGAAUACUAUGCCAUGUUGGCCAAAACUAGUGUCCAUCACUACAGGGGCAAUAACACUGAAUCGGGCACAGCACGUGGGAAAUACUACAGAGUGUGCACUCCAGCUAUCACUGAUCCAUAUGAUUCUGAUAUCUCAUUAGAAGCAUGUCAUAACUGACUGGUGAAAAGUAAAUCAAGCAAAAUUUUUCUU